GUCGUCCCUUCUCUGAGGAAAAUGAAUCUUUUCAUUCCACUGCAACGCCUUGUUGAAAUUCAAGACUUCGACUUCAAAAGUGCAAGUCGAGUCCAAUUCAAUUUAAUAGUUUCAUAUAAGAGAAAGAGCUCUUCACCAGAUUUCAGUGUUUUCGAGGGAUUCAAAGGCUUUCAAAAUGUUAAAAUAUAUGUCACGUUUUUGGCACCUGAAACUCUGAAUUUAGAAUUUAUGACUCAUUUCGACUUCUUCUGCAACGAGAGAUACAAAGAAAAAUUAAUGCAACUUACUGUGUUUUAUAAUUUGGGAGGGAAAUCUGAGUUAAUUAAAAACACCAUUGAAAAGUGCUUUUAUGACGAUCUUUUAGUGUUACACGUGGGAGAAACGUAUAUUCUUAAAGGUGUGAAAGAUGCAUUUCUUGCUGACACUUUUCAAAAAGUUUAUUUUGAUCUUCAAAGUUGUGAAUUUUUGAAAUCGAUUUUUUUGCUGAAUGUGAAUUGUGAGAAAUUGAUUGCACCGAAAAGUGUGACGAAAAUGAAAAUAUAUAUGGUCAAAGGAUGUGUGAAGUUUGAUGAGUGUUUGCUUGAAGUUAUCAAAAUUAAUCAUUACAGUGGAACACCUUUAUUAAUUAACACUGACAAUUUGAGAGUUAAUAAAUUUGAGAGCACUUCUUCUUCAAUGUUAAAGUUCUAUUUAAAGGGGAUUUUAUAUGAAGAAGUUAUUUUUACAGAAAAAGUCCAAGAAACAAAAUGUUGGUUUCCAGAGCCACGUAAAUUCAAAUAUGUUAAAGAAAAUGGCGAAUGUACUGUAUUUAAAGCACUUUGCGUGUGUAUAAAUAGAACGAAGGAAUUUAACUCAAUGUAUACGAGAAAACUAGAAGGAGAUGUGAGUAUAAUACCUUGCACGGAAUUCAGUAAUGAGGGAGACUAUACCACUAAUACAGUAGCAGAAAAACUUAAAUUUGGUGAUGGAAAAUCAUUAAAAAUAAGAGAAGGAAAAUACAAGGAAAUUGAAAUUGGAAAUUUUGUGGAUUUUGAUAUUAAUAGAGCGGAAGUCGAAAUUUUGAAAAUUGAAAAAGUGAAUCAUUUUUCAUUUUACAAUUCUCAAAUUGAAGUUUUAACAGCAAAAAACAUCGAUGAGUUUUCAGGAGAUAAAAGGUUUAUCAAAAAGUUGGAAAUUUUGGAGAAGUAA